CAUUAUAAAUAUCUUGAGCCUCACUAAAAAUGACCAAUUUGAUUAACGUCACGCUCUCCUAUUACGUACUACAUUUAUUAAAUCAAACCAACUUGAGCAAGAACUUUCACAAUUCGCGUACAUUGCCUUCAAAACACAUCAGACAAAAACUGAUAUCCAACAGCGUAUCUUAUAUUUAUACUGUGUAUCUCAAAAACUCCUGACGAAUCCGGAUUCCUGAGAAACUUUCAUCAUGUGUUCCAAGAUGAUAGACUUCGUGGCUAAGAUGAUCAUGAUAGUGAUCAACAUCAUCACCCUUGUCAUUUCUCUCGGCUUAAUAUGCGGCAUGAUCUACGCGAUGGUGGGUCUGAACAUCAACGAGAUAGUUGAGGUGUUCGGGGAAACUGACAUCACAACUAUGAUGUAUGCCAUGUAUGGCUUCCUAGGCGCCCUCCUCAUUGUCUCACUGGUCGGUCUUCUGGGCGUGUUUUACAAAAGCAAACUCCUGCUGGGAAUCUACUCUGUCUUCCUCAUGGCCUGCCUACUUGGUGUAGCGAUCGUGGCCACGCUUUGGUUCCUGGAGGGAGACAGCAUCAUGGAGAAUGCGAGGGUGCAGAUGAAGGACAGCAUCACCUACGAGUACAGAGGAGACUUCAAGACGGACGUGUUCUCCAUUGCCUGGAAUCUGAUCCAGUACCAGCUGAAGACAUGUGGAGUGGACAACUACACAGAUUACGUCGCAUCCGAGUGGUACAAUGGCACCUACAACUCAAACUCCUUCAACGGAUACGAUCUGCCGUUCCCUAUUAGCUGCUGUGAGGGUGGCGACAAUUACAUAUCCUUGUCCAAGGUCAUCGACGGAGAGCUCUCAGCUGAUAUGUUCAACGAAACAUGGGUGUUGAAUUGCAUGGGAAUCACUGACUAUGGAAACGGAACAAUUACCACCGACGGCCCCACCCACCCGAACAACAAGGGUUCCCUCGACGAGGUGAAGACUCUACUCAAGAGUUCCAUUUAUGUCGUUGCAGCAUUCGCAGCAGCCGUCGUGGUGCUACAGCUGGUCCUCAUUUGGGCCAGCUGCCACUUGAUUGACAGCAAACAGUUCACCGGCGAAGACGAAGAUGAUUAAUGG